GGGGGAACAGCUGUUUCUGCCAUAGCUGAUGCUGCUGGAGGGAACAUCUCAAUGUGCUCUUCCUGAAGGCCCCAGUGGAUCAUUGGUUGUGUAGAGCUCACUGAUGCAUGAUGGGUAACACCAGGACAAGUCCAGUGUGUGAGAAUGGAAAUGGCACGGACUUCUCUGACCCCUUGAUGAAAGUGACAGACAGUGAAAUCCUUGUUGUGCUGCAUGACUACCCCUCGCCGGACAUAAGUCAGCCCAUCUUCAGGAUGGGAGAGAAGCUGAGAGUUAUGUCUGAAGAGGGAUGCUGGUGGAGAGUCAAAUCUGUUAUAACAGGCAGGGAAAACUACAUUCCGAACAACCACGUUGCUAAAGUAUACCAUGGAUGGUUGUUCGAGGGAGUGGUCAGACAGAAGGCUGAGGAGCUACUCCAUCUCCCAGGAAACAGAAUUGGGUCUUUUAUGAUAAGAGAAAGCACAAGAGAAAAAGGUGUUUACUCCCUAUCAGUCAGACACAGAUCAAUAACGCAUUAUCGCAUCUUCCGACUCCCGAACAACUGGUACUACAUCUCCCCUCGACUCACCUUCCAGUGCCUGGAGGACCUCGUCAACCACUACUCCGAUUCUGCAGAUGGACUCUGCUGUGUCCUCACUGCUCCCUGCUUGGCCCUCGCAGCCAGUAACCUCAACCUCACUAGCCAGGCGCCCCCGGUGGUGAUGCGCCGAAACUUUGACUGGGAGAAUGUCCAGAGCUCAGAGCUGCUUAACCAGGGCUCCCAGUGCUUCCCAGAGAACAAGGAUUCUGUGAUAAGCUUUGGAGUACGGAACAGCAUCGCCUCCUAUCUGUCACUCGCGGGAUUUCAGGAGACCAGAGAAAAGAGCUUCCGCAAGAAGAAGAGAAAGUCCUUCUAUGCUUUUCCGGACCGUCAUCAGAGCCGCAUGGCCACAGAGGAGGACAACUACGAGUAGCAAACUCUAACCUCUCUCCGAUUUCAGAAAAUGGACCGGUUCUCUAUUCCAAAGACAUCACCUUUGGUUUAACCCAUUUAAGUCAAUCCACACUGAUGUUUUAACUGCAUCUGAUUCAACAUCUGGGAAGUCUGCACUGCAUUCUCUGCUUGAAAUGGCAGUACUUUAGAUUAAAAUAAUGAUGUGUAGUGACUUAAAAUUUUGUGAACAGAAUUAAUGAUAAAGGCCCAUCUGAGCCCCUUGCUGCUUGUUGCAUCCCAAUUCAGCAACAUUCAGACACCUCAAUUCCAUAUCAAUUUUCACUUUGUGAUUAUUAUUAUUAUUUCACACAAAUCACCUACAUCACAUUGCAAGGCCAUGCAGAGGUAAUGUCUAUUUGCAAUGUCAUGCAAGUAUCUGUGCUGUCAUUGUAGCAGAAAUUGUCCUUCACACUCAUCAAAGGUGACCAAUAUUGUUGUAAUAUAAACAUGAUUUCCUUAUCUGUCCUCAACUGGCUGUUCACUGAAACAAUUCAGGUUAAGUGCUGUGGUCAAGGGUACAACAGUAAAGGCUCACCUGAGAUUUGAACAUGCAACCCCCUGGUUUCUUGUUCAAUUCCUUAACCAUUGUACUGCACGCCUCACACCCCCCUAUAUUAUCUGCACAUUGGGAAAUGACAGCUCAUGCUUUUGUUCUCCUGGCAUUAAAGGGUGAUCUGACACCUACGGAAAUCAUCGCCAAUAUGAUGUAGUGGUUUUACACAUGUUUGAUUCCCAAUAGGCACUCCAAUUGUACCCUUGAGAAAGGUACUUGACCUGAGCUGCACCGACUGUAUUCAUGGGAACAGCUAUGUAACUAUGCAAAUAAUGCACCAUGACUUAUUUGUGGAUCAGUACUGUGCAGAUACAGCUACGCUCUGUAUAGUGCAGUAUGAGGAUUGGUUGUUAAAUGGACUCAGUAAAAAGGAUGAGCCAUCCAGAUCACGUGAAGAUCAAAGAAUCUGCAUUGCAUCUGCAUAACACUGACUGAAGCUUUAAUUCCCAGCUCCACGAGAGGAUCAUGUCCAACAGUAACCUUUGACCCCAAGGCUCAAGCGGUCGAUUCUCUUACCAUGAACAGAGCUCGGUGAAAGAGGCCAGAUGCUCCCGCGGAAAGGAGGUGCAGACUGGCUGCGUCAGCCCCACCCCGC